AGCAUCGAUGUUACUUGUGGUGCAGUUGAGCGCAAAAUGGGAACCUCAACGCUGGUUUUCCUUAUAACUUUAGUAUUAGCGAACAGUGUGAAAAAAUCUGAAAGUUCGUGUGAAAGCGUAAACUAUGAAGUUAAAUGUGAUUCAGUUAGAGAUAUCACCAGUGCGGUUAUAGAAAAAAUACCAGGUAUAAACAAAGUGACUCGGCUGUAUAUCAAGUUCAGUCCUCAUUUGAUAAUAUUUCCAAGAGCAUUUUCAGCAGCUGUUAAUCUGGAGCGUGUUAUUAUCAGUUACAAUAAAAUUGACAGGAUAAGCAGUGGCACUUUCAAGGAUCUCCCGGUCAAAUAUAUAAAUUUAGGACACAACGGUAUAAAUAAUAUUUUUCCGGCGGCCUUUUCUAACCUAAAAUUUCUCGAAAGUUUACGCGUUGAUGGGAAUAAUUUAAAACAAAUCCCAUUGGGGGUGUUCAUAAAUCUACCAAUGCAGGACCUAGCACUGUCCAAAAAUAACAUACCCGCAAUAGAGAAUAUGGCAUUAGAAAACUUACCGAACUUGAAGAAACUAAGGUUAGAUAAUAACAAGCUGGAGUCGAUAUUUGUCCACAGAAUUUUAACUUAUCCUGAACGUCUAGAACUCCUAUGGCUUCACAACAACUCUUUGACCACAGUGUCAAAUUACAUGUUGCAAAAAUUAACAAACCUAAAAAUAUUGAAUUUGGGAUUCAAUUCAAUCUCCCUCAUUGAACCAAAUUCUUUCGAGCAGACUCCAAAGCUGAAUUAUCUGGUUCUCACACACAAUCAUCUAAAGGAGAUAGAUGGCAGCAUAUUUCCCAACACUGGCAUGCAGUUUCUGGAAAAGAUGUAUUUGGAUAACAACAAGCUGAUGUUCCUGUCAUCCAAUUUUCUCGUUGGUUUGAGAAAGUUGAAGAAAAUCACGAUCGUUGGGAAUCCUUGGAUAUGUUCUUGUUUAAAUACAGUUCAAAGACUUCUCGCGGAAAACAACAUACAAGAUAUGUGCAAUGAAGAGUAUAACAGUGGAAGUAGACCGGUUUGUGUGAAUGAGAACGUUGACGAUACUGAAUGUAGAUAUUCCUACAAUGACAAUUUGAGUGAAAGAUUUGAGACUUACAAAAAGGAUCAUCCUCUGUACAGGCGCAUAAUAUCAUGUAUCUUGUAAACACAGAGAUAGUCCAGGCAAGUUAGACCAAAAUCACCCAGAAUACGGAGAUUUUUUUCUGAUGAACCGAUCGAG